AAACAUUUUAAUUCAAAUUUUAGAUUGUGAAUAACAUUCCUUAGCAACAACCAUAAUGGACAUAUUCGAGAGCUUCUGUCGCACGUGCGGAAACGAAUGCCUGGAAUCGCUGUCCAUUUACAAUGAGUGUGCCCAAGUGCUUGACCAGAUGGUGCCCAUUGCGGAUAUGCUAGCGUCCUGCCUGCCCGCCUCCUUGCCGCCACUGGACCCAGAGGACGACUAUCCCAAACAGAUCUGCCGCAUCUGCGUGAAGAAGCUGUCGAUGGCCUACGAGUUCAGCCACCAGUGGCUGGGCGCCCACGGCGAGUUCAACGUGGCCCUAAAGUUCGAGCAGCGCCGAAGGCGCAGCCAGGCCAGCAAAUCCCAGUCGCACACGCAAACCCAAACUCAUCCGGUGGAACCGAAGAAUGAGCAACUGCCCACGGUGCUGGCGGAAGCAGUGUCGACCAAAAGAGCAGCUGCUACUCCCACCAACGAGUUCAGCAGCGACUCCGGACCGGCCUUCAAGUGCGGCUUCUGCGGCGAAUGUUUUUACACGGAGAAGGCCUGCAAAUUUCACUUAAAGUUCUCGCACAAGGAUCUUUAGAGAACUGUCUGUUUUUUCCCUUACUUGUAAUUUGGUUUUAAGUGUAUAAAUCUUUUGUGAAAUUAAUUUUAAAUUAGGAAUAUAUAUAUAUAUUCCUUCUCUUUAUAC